AAAGUUGAGCUAUGAAGUGAAAUAUGAUACGAUCAUAAUACUCUUAAAAAUUUCCAUAAUUCAAUAUCUAGUGUUUUUUUUUUUCUUUUUUGAAUUGUUUGUUUUGAUUGUGCUAUGUGCUGAGAGAUAACAAUGUAAUGAAGAUGUCAAAUACUAAAUUGACGCAAAUAAAAGAGGCAAAAGAAACAUUCCAAGCCCUCAUGGAACUAUCGAGACUGUUAGGAACUGGACUUGAUAUUGAGACAUUGUCAAUAUGCGUGAGACUUUGUGAGGCGGGUGUUAAUCCAGAAAUUUUGGCAACUGUUAUCAGAGAAUUGAAAAAAGAAGCUAAGUCAAAAUCAGAUGAAAAUACAUCAACAAGUGCUUAGUCUAGGAUCGGAACAAAAACUUGAAUAACAGACCGUUAUGAAAGCGCUCAACCUUUGGUAUUUUUCUACAUCGAAGGUACAUUUACAACACUAUUUCACUAGUGACAAAUCAAUGGAAGUAUCUGUUUUCUUGAAGAACUUUACAUAUGCAAAAUAUUAUUAAUAAACAAUUAAAAUGAAA